AUGCCUAGUUUUGGCGGAAUGAAGCCGAGCUGCAACGACCUCAGAUUUAUAUUUUGGCUCUUGCUGGACGUCAAGUACGGCAGCUACGGCGCCCCGCACCUGACCCCGCUGACGCAGACCAACUACACGUUCCGGCCCACCGUCCGUCCUCAAGAUCACCAGCAGCGCCCGGCCGGUUCCACCCUCCACGGUGGCGGCCACCACGUUGGCGGAGGUGGUGGCAGGCGGUCGGCGCCCGGCACCUCUCAGCGGGCGCACCACCACAAGCCUUCGCGGACGGGCACCGCGUCGUCCCGGCGGUCGCACCGGUCCAACAGCGAGCAGUUCAACCCCAUCUACGAGGAGGUGUCGGGGAGGGCCAAGUCCAGGAGGAACUACCGGGGCCACCACCGCGACAGCGAGGACAGCGAGGUCGAGGAGGUCGAUGCGCGGAGCCUGGCCAGCGAGGACGAGUUUGCGGAGGACGAGCUGAGCCUGGGCGAGUACCCGAGGCUCCCGGAGUCCGGCAGCAGCAGUCUCCAGGGGUCCACGGGCGGCGACCUGUGUCCCCCGGACAGUUCCAGCCACCUGGACCGACCACCGAGCAGAAGACUUCGCGGUGUUGCCGCCACGUCCUCCGGCAAACACAGUCACUCCCUGGAACGCAACCGCAACAACUCGACGGGCCUCCAAGCCAAACACAACUACUACCUGAGCAAGUCUGCGCUCGCCUUUGACCAGAGGAACCUGGACCCCACCGGAGCGUACAGUUCUGUGGACCUGGUGCAACCGUCUCCGCCCCCGGAGCCCGCUCCGUCCGGCCUGUUCGGGGCCGGAUACCCCCUGGCCGGAAGUUCAUCCGGGUUCAUGGUGGGGCCGGACUGCCAGUACCCUCCGGUUCCGGCCAAUCCGGGGACCUUCUCGACGUUCUUGGUGCCCUCUGCGGCGCAAGAGGACGUCGGUGACGGCGCGGCAGCAGCGGAAAACAUCUACGCGUCCAUCGACGACGAGGACUCGGCGGGACCGUACACCAUCGGCGGCGUCCGAGGCACGUCCAAGGCUCCCGGUCUUCAGGGACAGCUCGGCAAGACGCCCAUGGGCGGGAGGACAUUGUCCGCCAAGGAGGCUCCGUCGUACGGUGACAUUAGGCCGGUGUUCCCUGGUGGUGCGGCAGACCAGAACCGGACCUUGUGCACGUGAUCGGCUUGCCGCCGCCCCCUGGUCUGGACACGUGGAGGAGUGUCUGUAGCACGUUGCGGACGUUUGACGCUUUGGAGUUUACCUUCGUAGCGGGGAGAGAUGGCCGACUUUGGGGUAUUCUUAUGCCUGCUACUGCCGACGCUUCGUUGUGGCUUCGAACGUGGCCGAAGGAACGUCGUCUUGAUACCUUUUUCGCUCUCGUUCGUUGGUUUCUUUAGUAACGACGGACACUUCUUCAUCCCCCGGGAUUCUCAUGGUCAAGAGCUUGUCUACACUUGACGCAGGAUGUCUCCGUUCUUGUUCUGCGAGCAGUUUCGGCUCUUCGAGGUCCACGUUUUUCUGCCGGGUUUGCCGGUGUUUUCUCGUAGUUCAAACGGGGAAAACAAGCUUUUCGAGGAUGAGAGUUCCCCAGUAGUACUUUCUUACGGUGGACUACGGGGCGUCAAUGGAAGCAUGCAGACUCGGUCCAGAAUCUAAGGCAAAAAGAAAGAGACAGAAUGAUCUACUCUGGCAAUAACUGAAGCCGUCGCCGAGCAGCGUAUACACAACAAACGUCCCAAGAGAGCAAAGACGUUGUUGUCUCUAGUUUCUGAGAAUCCUCCAAUUUUCUUCCGAACUUUCAUCGGGAUAUUCUUCUCGCGUAGGCAGUAAAAAUGUUCAUCGUGCUCCUAUCGUCGAGGCCGCUACGCAGUGUGCUCUACAUUUUCAGAAAGGACUUGUUCAGGCCCCUGCCCCCCCCCCCCCCCCCCCCCCCCGAUUUCCCCGCGUUGUACUACUGAAAAUGGACUCCUUUGAAAGAGUAAUAUUAUGCGCUUGAUAGUAGCGACUGUUCAUAUUAUUUAAUACCUUACGGAAGAACUAUGCAGCGACCCAGUGUGUGUUCUCACACGUGUGUUUUAUGUUUUCAUUUCUUCGUUCCGGAUGUUUUUUUGUUUUUUUUUUUUUGUCUUUCUGACGAUGUGUGUAUGACAGAGUUGUCGAACACGGAUGCAUAUACUGAGAGCUCCGGCUUUGGGAGUAACCUGACCAGUUUUGAAGAGGGGGUUAUUUCACACUAUAUGGUAAAUAGUAUACUUUUCUCUCUCUUUUUUUUUUUUUUUUUUUUUUGCCAGACUGCAUUUUUUUUUAUUUAAUUCGGUGUAUUUCUCAAGGAAAAGACGAUCUUCCUAGAUGGAGGCGAGGCAUGUUAAGAUCAUUUCAGUAAACGAGCUAAUCUGAAGCGGUGUCCAAUUGUUCCCAAAGGCGCCGAUUUUAUUCUGAGUAUUGGGAUAGCAUUUUUUUAUAUUAAUAACGCAUUCGAGCAGUUUUCUCACAAAACCCGUAUUCGCACGAAGUUGUGUCUUUCACGAUUCUCCGCGCAUGCGCAGUGCAGCUCUUAUUUAACGCUGCGGCAACUACAUCUAUCAAAAAAGAAAAAAAAAAGAAAUCCGAUCAGUCAUUUGUUGCUUUUAUGUGCCACCCUCCAGAUUAUGCUCUAAGGGUAACUUCACCGCCAUCUUUGAACAGCGUCGAGUCACGUGACCCAAAGCGCCAGCCAAUGGGUAGCGUUUGCGUUCCUCGUCUAGCUAACCCACAUUGGUGCGACAGAAGCGAACGUAAAUGCGUAAAUGAACUACGUAAAUGGACGCUCGAAACCUCGUGUAGCUUUUGUUUUCCAUCACGGUACAGCAAAAAUGUAGAAAUCGCUCGAAUAUUUAUUAGUUCUGAAAGCUAGGAUGGAAGAGGAUGCACGUAGUGGACGCCAUAUUUGUGAUGUAAAGAACAAAACAAAGCAGUUAUUGUUCUCAUUCUGUCUUCACGAAAACCCUGAGUCACGACGGGCUGUGAUACCGCCAUAAUGUCACGAUGAUGAGCAAAAUAAGAAAAGGAAAGGUAACCUGGAACAAUUGCACUUUUUGUUUGCUCUCAGGCUCAUGCUUCUUGCCACCCUGAACAUUUUCAGAACUUGUAAUCUGCACUUGAUCAAACGGCAAGGGCGUGCCUUGCGCGGCAGAGUGCAACAAUAUUUGGAGCGACUUCUGUUUCCGAGCCGAUAUAGACACCGGGUCCCACCGCUUUCUGGCAGUGACUUCGUCACUUAAUUCCUGUGUUCAGAAAAAGAACCCGCGUUUUAAGAUGAGAUACGAAUGCUUCUCACCUUUGACUGCGUCGGCCGUUCAAACUAGGAGGCCGCAUCCUUCUUGCUUUUCUUCAACUCUCUGGCAACCGCCGCUCACAGUGUUUGCAGACAACUUCGACCUCCACGAUCGUUUUCCUUCCGGACAUGAACCUAUCUUUUGCUGUAGCGAAACGUGUGCCGAAGACGAUGGACCCUUGCGAUUUCGUAGUGCUCAAUGAGUGGAUGUUGCAGACUUGCUUACCCCCAAGUCGUCGAGUGUCUGGUGGUAACGUCGAUGCAUGGUGACGUUCUCCUUUUUGUGGGCGUGACACUGUCGUCUAGUUUCUCUUACCUUGCUUUCUUUAUUAUUUUUUUUACCUUCACGUCUCUUAUUUUUGUGAAAUCUAUUUCGUUCCCUUCCAUCUAAUUGCAAAAAUUCCUUUUUGGCCCUUGCUGAACACGCGCGUAUGUGUCUGACCUACCGGAAAAAUUCGCACACAUUGGUGUGCAGCGCUUUUUCUUAAUUUUAGGUCUGUUCUUUUUUUUUUUUCCGCGUUGCUAGCUAGAGUUUUCAAGAUCAAAUUUCUCACAAAGUUUCAGUACGUGCUAAGUUGCUAGCUUCCUCACUUGUAAGCUGUCGACCAUUUGGUCGACAGCGUCGCGUAAAAACGUGGGGUGUUCGUGGCGAGGCUCGUGUACUCCGGUCUUCCUGAACCUCGAAGUGACAACGAGAUCUGAGAGGAACACACCACGAACAGACACGCGCCUGUAGUACACUCAACCGGCAUCUGGGACAGCUUGGCAGAUUUUGAUAACCGAAAUGCAUCUUGCCUAAAGAUCUACUUAGUUCAAGUGAACGGGCCCGAAAAUAAUGUUAAAUUUGACGUUCCCCUUUUGUGGUCUUCAUCCAGCCCGAAUGAAAACUGAAUUCCCCCUUGGUUCAAGCUUGACUCCGCCGUCAUAGUUGGAGUGGGUCCGUAAAGAUAUGAAAUUCGAUGUUCUCUUAUCUGGUCUUUAGACAUCCCGAACGAAAACUUAAUUCGGCCUGACCCAAGCUGGGGCCCGCCGGUAAUCAAGUUUGAAUACGGCGGCAGCGAUCGAGCCCAGAUCCGGUUCGAAUCUCGUCUUUAUUUGGGCUGGAUUGAUCGCACUCCGAAUCAAGCGGCGACCGUUCCCCAGAUUCGUCUGGAGUCGGAAAAUUUCAUUGGCUGCACCUCGCGAGGCCAGUGUUGCAAUGAGCCGCUGAUGUUCCCUGUCCCCUAACUGAUAUGUCUCAGGUCUCGCUGCUACCACUAUGAGGUUUCCUCGAAGAGCAAUACACAGUGUUAAUGUCGAUCUCGUUCGCUCGGAGCAAAAGUUUUGUUUUCGUUGUGUGCAUGAGGAAUGAACGACCAGAGUGCGUGAAAACAACACAACGAAUGUUGGGAGCUACCUUUCCGUGUUGUUUCUUUCUACCCUCUAUCUUCUUUUUUUUUUUUCUUGAGUCAUUGUCAUGCAACGAUGCAGUUUUGCGAUUUUGGUCUUGCGUUUCUCGGUGUAAUAUUUUUUUGUUUAUUUGCGUUUUACCGUAUCUUUUUUUCCCUGGCUGCUGGUAUGCGUGGGAGUGAGGUUUUUUUUUUUAUAUAUGAAUAUAUAGAUUAAAGCGACUCUAGUCACAAGUUGAAUACCCAGUUUCUCGGAUGAGUUCCGAAACCCCGUAGAUAACUCGACCACAACCGUUAAAUUUGAUUUCAGUGAUCGCAAGGUAUCUUUGGUGGCCGCCGAGGCAGCCAUAUUUUGAGGGUUCAUUUUGGCGCCCAAAGUGUGUUCCUGGGUGUAAAAAAUACCGGAAAACUUUACACAGCAGAAUGUUGUACUUUUUUUUUUUCUUUUUCCGUGCGGUUUUACUUUUGACGAUAUCGGUCAUAGUGACUAGAUCACUAAGAACAUUACUCUUCGUUACUGUGUUUUUCUUGAUAAACAGGUAAAAAGAUGUGCUUUCAUUCGGUUCCGUUAAAAGUUAGCCUUAUCGUCAUUGGAUGGGGAAGGAAAACCCGCCGAUAUCAAGGUGCCAUCUACUGCAUGAAAUUCGGCAACAGAAACAAACAAACAAAAAUGAUGUUUCACCCGUCUGUUAGGUGUAAAACGUGUUUUAACCUAGGCGUACACCACUUGCAGGCUGCUACUUACUCCACUAAACAUUUGUUUUAAGAAAUGUUACUUUUUUUCAGUUUUACAAAGUAUGACGACGAAGCUGAGUUUUGAAACAAACCGUAUACUCCGUCGGUUUCUUUUUUUUUUUUUUGACAUUUGUUGAUUUGUCGUACAAGUUGUGCCAUCUUUGUUGACGAUGAUUAUCGAAAUUCUAGAGUGAGUGUUGUGUUUAUGAGUGCAUUUUUUUUUCUUCUUCCUUGACCCCGUCGACGGUGAUGCUGAGAUGCAAGCCAUAUGCGCGUCUUGUCGCGCUGUUCCUCGUGUUUAAGGGACGUAAACGACGACGACGACGAACAUUUUCUUCAUAUUUUUUUCCCUCUCGGACACAUCCAGAUAGUGCGUGCGUGAUUGUGGUGUGCUUGUGACUCCAAGGACGGAACGAAGAAAGCGGUCUUUUCGUUUUUCUUUUUCUUUUUUUUCUUCUUUUCUGCCAUUUCAGAUUUUUCUUCCGUUCUUUUGUACAGAUACGAGAAAGAGAGAAAAAAAAAUAUGGUCACCC